AUGAAUGGUGCUUAUGCAAAUGGAGGUGAUGACGAUCGUAAUGAUUCGACUCGAAUAGUAUCCUAUAGAUCUGCUGUUAGUAGAGAACAUAUGCGACCACCUCAACGUGCCAAACGAAAACGUAUUGGUAAUGAUAUUGAUUUAAGUGAUAUCAAUACCGAUCUUGUUUACGAUGAACAUCAAAUUUCCAUUGAAGAACUUGUCCAUCGAUUUGAUACAGAUUUGAGAACGGGCUUAACAAAAAUUCAAGCUAAACAACGUUUAGUUGAUGAAGGCCGUAAUUAUAUUGAACCACCUCAUGUCAGCAUUUCUAAAUCCUGCGAACGUUUUUGGCUUCAACCGUAUAUUCUAUUUGUAUCAAUUUUAUCCUUACUUGCCAUUCUUUGUUUCGUGGCAUUUGCUAUUCAGCUCAAUACACGUCAAGAUCCAACAUAUGAGAAUCUUUAUAUGCUUAUUGUUUUGAUAAUCUUCAUUCUUUUACCAAGUAUUUUUACGUUUGCCGUCGGACAUAUAAGUGCCAACAAAUUGCAAUAUUUACGAUAUCAAAUAAAACAAGUAAAACAAAAAAAUUCUAAAUUAAGUUAUUUCGUGUACAUAACACAGGAAUAA